AAAAAAAAUUGAUAAAAUGCCAGCGCCAAUGAUUUUUGGGUGUGCCGAGGCAAGAAGACGCACGCUUAAAACAAAAAAAUCGUCAGCUAAGAAUGCAUGUAGACAUAUUUCAAAAGUUCGACUCCAAGUAAGUUUACCCUUCAAUGUAAUUUUCUUUGUCUAACUUGAUCUGUACAUACUUUUUAGGUUUAUAGAGUCUUAUCGCGUAAAUAAAGAUGUUUUCAAAAUGCUGUUAGAUAAAAUAGGAAUCAGGUUAGCAGAAGGGCAUUGUUUUAUUACACCGACUACGCAACUGGCAGCCACACUCCGGUUUUAGCAACUGGCUCCUAUCAGUUGGGGAUUUCUAAAGAUCAAGAUGUCAACAUAGGCAGAAUCACCUUUUCCAAGGUAUUGCACUUUGCUGUACAGGAGCUGGAGUGCUGCCUUUGUGAAGAAAACAUUCAGCUGAGGAUGUCGUCCGCGGAGAUAAACGCAUCAAAAGAGCAUUUUUAUAGGGAAUUCAAUUUUCCCGGUGUCAUUGGGUGUGUGAAUGGAACACACAUAAAAGUGUCAAAACCAAGGGAUGACGAGUCUCUGUUUUUUAAUAGGAAGGGAUACUUUAGCAUAAAUGCAAUGGUGAUUUGUAAUUACAAUAUGGAAAUAGUGGCAGUAGAUGCGAGCCACCCAGGUUCAUGUCAUGAUUCAUUUAUUUGGAAUCAAAGUUAUGCAAGGCAACAAUCGCGCUAAAAUACUUGGAUUUUGGCAGAUUCCGGCUACGCCUUGGAAACCUUCGUAAUGACGCCAUAUAGGAACCCACAGCAUGGAUCAAUAGAACAUGCCUUUAAUAAGAGACACGCUUCUGCUCGCAACAUAAUUGAGCGUACAAUCGGUUUAUUGAAAAGCCGAUUCCGAUGCUUGCAAGGAACUCUUCACUACGAACCAAAGUUUGUUGCCCAACUAGUCAACGUUUGCUGUGCGCUACACAACAUUUGCCGCAGGCGUAACAUACAGAUGAAUGAAGAGAAUGGCCAUGAUCUGGAAAUGACAAGUAGAAAUGCUGAAGACGAGAGCGACAAUGAUUACCAGGCGGCUCUAGAUGGAGGGGAAAUGAGGGAUGAAGUUGCCCGCAGUUUUCAAAUCUAAUUUUUAAAGUAUUUAAAUUCAUAGUCACUCUCUGAAGUAUUCGUAAUUUAGUUUUUUCACGAUAUU